CCAACUGUUCAAUCACCGAUGGCUCUUCCUACCAAAGGCCGCGUCAUUCUUGAGACAUCUGUUGGAGAGAUAGAGAUCGAAUUAUGGUCAAAGGAGACUCCUAAGGCGUGCAGGAACUUUGUUGCAUUAGCUAUGGAAGGUUACUAUGAUGGCGUUAUCUUCCACAGAAUAGUCCCUGGCUUCCUUGUCCAGACUGGAGACAGGACAGGUACGGGAGGCGGAGGAGAAUCAUUCUAUGGCCAUUGGUUCGAGGACGAAAUACAUCCUAGAUUGCGAUUUGGCCACCGUGGACUACUCGGUAUGGCCAACAACGGCCAGAAGAAUUCAAAUGAUAGCCAGUUCUUCAUUACCUUAGAUCGUGCGGAUGAACUCCAGGGGAAACACACAUUAUUCGGAAGAGUUGUCGGAAACACGGUAUUCAACGUUCUCAAAAUUGGGGAGUGUGAGCUUGACAAGAACGAACGACCAAUAUAUCCACCCAAGAUAAAAUCCAUUCGGAUCGUUGAUAAUCCAUUUGAUGACAUCGUGCCCCGCAUAACGGCAGCGGAGAAGCGAGUGCAGCGGCUAGCCAGAGAGGAGGCGCAAAAGGAGCGGGAGGAGGCUGCGAGGCGAAAGAGCGCAAAAAGAAACGUAAAGCUGCUUUCAUUCGGAGACGCAGCUGAAGAUGAGGAAUCCACGCCAAUAAAGGUGAAGUCCAUUAGCCGCCCGGAUCUAAUUGACGACCCAGCGCUUAGAGCAACAACUGCUCAACCAACGGUACCUGAAGUUCCACACCGGAAGAGGGAUCAAGGUCUAGGCCCUCAAGUUAUCGAAACAUCGUCAUCUGAUGAGAAGUCAUCCAACAAGCGCAAAGGAGCCAGAUCAGAUAUCGAUAUAUCUUCUAUUCGAGAGAAGCGCGCCACAGAACAAACCUCCGAAAGUGCAGCCCGAAAAGCUGAAAUUGCCAAAAUAGAAGUCGAUAUCCGAAAUUUAUCCCGUAGAAGGAGAGAACAUGGGAGUGACUCCGAGGAUGAUGAACCCAAUUCAAAAAGGACCAAAUCGGGGCCUUCUCUUCUUCAACAAGAACUGGCAAAAUACUCAAGGGGAAAACGGGCUGCUGGAGGAAAAGGAAAAGCAAAGGAUGAAAGCGCCCUCCUUGCCGCUCUUGACCGGUUCAAAGCCAGGCUGAAGGAUGCGCGUGUCGAGGGACCUUCUUCGAGCAACCGCGUGGGUGAAGACGAUACAAAGCCCGAAGAAACGGGUGAGGAUGGCGAGGAGGUUGCACUUGAAGUUGAUAAUGACGCUGGUUGGAUGAGCCAUCGACUGGAGUUCCCUAAGGAUGACGGGGCCGAGACGCGUCGUGCUGAACAUGAUUAUGAGGUCAUCGAUCCUCGAGCCAAGGCGCGAGAAAUACGCGAGGAGGAACAGGAACGAAAGAGGUCACGACGGUCCGAAGUUGGGCGAGCAUUUCGGAAAGGGAGAUAACUUAUAUACUUAUCGUCUCACGUUUUACGGUGCCUGUAACACAAUUUGUCAUUCGUCAUCUCAUUCACUCCAUUCCACAAACAAACAUCACAAAGACGAAGCCAAAUCACCAUGAC